AAUGAGGUGACUCCUCACCACCAUCGAUCGCCAUAAGCCCAGGAGCUCUAUACUCCAACCAUUACAACAGCUAUAGCUCGCAAUACCAUUUGUGGGCAGCAUCGCCGGGUAGAGGAAGAAGAGAAGCGGAGCAGCAGCAACAUUGAUCAGAGGAAGCUGCAGCACAGAGCCAACAAGGAAAAGCGAAGUCUUCCAUAGCAACGAUUUAGAUCUCACCAUCCCUCUAUGGAAGCCUUCCUUGUCAGCUUAAGAAAUCAUCCGUCGUCCUAGUCUGGAAGAAAUCAUUUCAAGCUUGGGCCUCCGCCUUGGCAGGGUACCGUGCCAUAACUGCAAAUGGAAUGCCGAUCUAUUAUCACACCAAGGGACCUGGAGUGCAUGCUAUGUGAUGAAACGGCAGAGCCCAAGCCGCUGCCACUGUCACUUCUGAAAGAAAUCACAAAUGAUUUCUCUCCUCAGAAGCAAAUUGGCUAUGGUGGGUUUGCGGAGGUUUAUGAGGGUAUUCUAGAGAAUAGGUCCGUGGCGGUGAAAAGGAUGUCAAAUACGCAUGAGUAUGAGAAGGAGUACGUUCGAGAAGUUGAAUGCCUCAUGAAGGUGAAGCACAAAAAUGUAGUGCGGUUUCUGGGAUAUUGUGCUGACACACAAGGCAGUAUGUUAAAGUACAAAGGAAAAUUGGUCAUGGCCGAUGUACGACAAAGGUUGCUUUGCUUCGAGUUUGUUCCCAAAGGAAGUCUUCGUGAGUAUAUCACGGAUACAUCUUGCGGACUUCAGUGGAGAGACCGCUAUCAAAUUAUAUUGGGAAUUUGUCAGGGGUUACAUUAUCUUCAUCAAAAUAAUAUUGUCCACUUAGAUCUAAAGCCAGAGAAUAUAUUGAUGGAUAAUAAUUUGGUACCAAAAAUUACCGAUUUCAGUCUAUCAAGGUGCUUUCGUCCAAUGCAAAGCCAGACUUUUACUGUAAACAUAUGCGGAACAUUGAGAUAUUCUGCACCAGAAUGUGGUAACGGUGAAAUCACACACCAGCUUGAUAUCUAUAGUCUUGGUAUAAUAAUCAUGGAGGUACUCACAGGAGAGAACUGGUAUCAGUAUGAUGUUGACAUGGUAGUACAAAGUUGGAGCGCCAUAAUGGAGAAACUAGAGAGGGAUGUACAACUGGAACAGGUACGAGUAUGUGCUGAGAUAGCAAUGAAGUGCAGGGAGAGCAACCCGGCAAGGAGACCAGAUUCACAACAUAUAAUCAGUGCGCUUGAUGGAAGAGAAACUAUAGAUGGAUAUAUUGAAAGUAGCGUGAUUACUUCACAGCAGUUUAAUCCGGAAAUAUUCAAUGCCACUAUGGGUGCUCUCUGGUUGAGGUAUCAACAACUUAAUCCAGAUCUCCAGCGAAGCUUCAAAUAUUGCAGUAUUUUCCCCAAGAGAUCCAAGUUAAGAAGGGAUGUGUUAGUCCGCUUGUGGAUAGCACAAGGGUUUAUAAAGACCAGUGCAACAGAGGACAUGGAAGAUGUAGCUGAGAGUUAUUUUCAAGAGUUAGUGUCAUGCUCAUUUCUGCAACAAGGAGGAGAAUGGUAUGAUACUUGGUUUACAAUUCCUGACCUGUUGCAUAAUUUAUUAGACAAGAUGAGUGGAACGGACUGCUUCAGAAUAGAGAAUGCAAGGAGUCAAAGAGGAGAAGGGUGGAAAGGAGACGUUCCCCAAGACGUCUGCCAUCUUCUUGUAGAGAAUUAUGAUGGAGCAUUGAUUACUGAGAAGAUCCUUGGAUUGAAAAAUUUACAGACACUCAUAAUUUAUGUUGUUGAAAGGGGUACUACAGUUGAGGAAAAAGUCAUUGACAGUAUAUGCAAGAGGCUACAUAAAUUGCGGGUAUUGGCUGUUGCUUUCAGCCGGGAACAUCUUCCAAUCAUACAACCCAAUAAGUUCCUGGUACCAGAAUCCAUUAGUCAUUUAAAGGACCUAUGCCAUCUUGCCUUUAGGACAUUUGAAUGCACCGUGAUUUUACCAAGCACACUAACUAAUACACUUCACCAUAUCCAGCUGCUAGACUUUGGCAAUCAUGGCCAUUGCGAAAUUUGGGAAUUUACCCUUGAUAACCUUAUCAACCUGCGGUACAUAAUCUGUGAGAACUUGGAAUGUCCUAACAUAGGCAGGCUGAUCUCACUCCAAACUUUACCAAGCAGCAGGUUCACAAUAAGGAACGAAAAAGGUUAUGAGAUAAAGCAGUUGAGGGACCUAAACAAGCUUCGAUCCAGUUUGGAAAUUUAUGGCCUUGAAAAUGUUAAAAGCAAGGAGGAAGCUGUUGAAGCCAAUCUAGCUGCCAAGGAUCGGCUGAAGCAACUGAAGUUGGAAUGGGGUGAUGAUGGUACAAGGUGCAGUUCAGAAGUUGAAGCAGAGGUACAUGAGGGCCUGUGCCCUCCCGUAGGUCUUGAAGAACUUAUUAUCUCAGGCUAUCAAAGCUCGAGAAACCCAGAUUGGAUGGUGGGUAAACAGAAAGGUGGCCCAAAGAACCUGCAAAAACUUGUGUUGUUUGGAUGGAGCCAACCGGGAUCUUGUCCUGAACUUGAGGCGUUCGUUCAUCUUCGUGUUCUCUGGCUUGGUCACUGCAGGUGGGACACAUUACCAGGAAAUAUUGAGCACCUCACAUCCCUCAAGGAACUGGAAAUCGAAGGGUGCCUGAAUAUCCGAUCGCUUCCAACACUGCCCCGAUCUCUUGAGAAGUUUUGUGUUGCAUACUGCAGUGGUGAGUUCACGAAGUCGUGUCAAACAGUCAGACAUCCAAAUUGGCAGAAGAUCAAGCACACCCCCGAUCAAAGAUUUGAAGACCCAGCAUAAGAAAAUUCUAGUGAGAUUGUCCCGCAAAAAAAGAGAAGAAAGAAGAGAAGGUUGGCUAGGAAUCACAGGUCGGUGAAUCAGUGAAGGAAUGUGGAGCUAUAAGGAAAACUUAUUGCCAGGCCAGCCAGCCGGAUGUGUGAGAGUUGUUCUUUCUUUCCUUGUGCUUUUUUGCUUGUGCACUGCAUUUUUCAGAGUGAAACAGACGCCAUAUACUGUUUAAUCUGACUAUUUCUGAGUGUGAGAGAUUUCAGUAAAACUAUUCACUACUAUUUCUGAUCUGUAAUAAUGUGGGCAAUACCGUUUAAUUUGAUUGGUGAAUGCUAUUUAAUCA